AUGCUUUCGGUUUCAGUUUUUGGACAGACUGCAGAGGGCAUUAAAGUUGCAGGAAUCUUGAAAGACCACCAGACACUAAAGAUGAGGCUGCGCGUCGCUUCACUGCUAGGAGUACAACGAUCGUCCUCAGCCUCGUUGCCAGUUUGGCCGUCGCUGCCGGGGCUCCCCGCUCUACUUCGCCUCCUCUUCGUCUUCUUCGCCGCUGCGGGCUCCGCGCAUGCGCUGCCUUCCAGGCGAACUGGAGGCGGCGGCGGCCUCCUGCCGAACUCUGCAGCCGAGGCGGCGACGAGGGGGGAAGGACGCCAGGACGGAUUGGACGCCCCCGUCGAGCCCGACCCGCUACCCCCAGCGCCGUCCGAGGAGCUCCUGGCGAGGUUGUACCGACGUAACGUGGCCUUGCGCUCCGACUACCCCUUCUGGAACCUCACGGACCUGGACACGGAGACCUGCCGGCAACUCGCCGCAAACGAAACUGCAGCGAAACGAACCGCCGACGAAGACGCGUCGUGCAUCUCGGUCUACAGUUGCGACUACGACCGGUUUCGCUACCCGCACUGGCUCGUGUUCACUAUAUGCUCCCGCGGGCCUGGGCCCUGCGAUCCAGAAGGACGACCCGAAGACGAGUGGCAAUACUCGUGUUAUCCAUACGAAGAGAAAAUUCAAAUACUCCGCUACGAGGAUAUCUCCCGCACCACGCCGAACAGCCGGAGGAGCACGGGCGGAACUGCCGCUAGUGCGGCUGGAGGCGAUGAUCUUUUGGACCAUGAAUACGACGAUAAACUGGACGAGGUGGAGUCGGAGGUGAAGGGGGAGUGGCAGCUCAGGUCCUUUUGGAUACCUGCAGAUUGCCUGUGUUAUGAGUAA